AUGAGUGACUCCAACUCCUUCACACGGGAAUUCAAACAAGCUGGUGUUUGGCUACAGUGCCUUGUUAGCCAUGCCAAAAACUUGAACCCAUUUCUGUCAAAGGUCAAAUCACAGGAGCGUUGCAAGCCGUAUCGUGGAGCUAAAAACACGUUUUUGUUGAUCGCCCACCCGCCUUUUCUGGAUGAUUCGCGCGGUUUCGGUACUCUGAGCGGCCAUGAGGAAUUGACCUAG